UUUCCCACAUAUUCACAUCUUUCUUCUGCAAGAUUUCAUUUUGUUAUCUAAACACAUUUAGAAUCCAACUCUGAGCGAAGGCUUAUAUUUCUUCUGGUAGAUUUGAUCUUGUUUUAGAGAAAGAAUUGAUGGGCGAAGGCGCUAAACCUGGUCCGACCUUCAAUGGAGGGUACUAUUCAGCAGGGGGAAACGGAGCCCCAAUUCCAUCACCCACUGCAGCUUACAUACUCCCCAAACGAAGGCGUGGAAUGCCAUGUUUCUUAAAAUUCCUUAUAAAUUUCAUCAUCGGCCUCGUAAUACUCAUCGGCGUUGCAGCGCUUGUUAUCUGGUUAGUCGUGCGCCCAACAAAGCCCAAAUUCUACGUGGACGAUGUUAAUUUCAGUAACAACAGUACUAUCGCUUUGAAUAUGACCGUUCGGAAUGGGAAUAGAAGGAUGGGCAUCUAUUAUGACACCAUCUAUGCAUUUGCGAUUCCCUUUUCUGCAGAACAAAGUAUUGCGGCCACUGGGCUGCAUGAAUUUUAUCAGGGCCAUAAAAAUACCACUAUUUUGCGUCCUGUUUUUCUUUCUGCUGCGUCGUCGUCGUCUUCGAAUACAGGGGAUGUGGUCGACAUGGAAGUCAAAUUGAGAUCUCGUGUUCGUUUCAAGGUGGGCGGAUUUAAAAGCCGUCAUUACAAGCUGAAAGUGAAGUGCCGAUUCUCUGCGCCGCUGAAUGAAACGACUGCAACGACCUUCCAGAGGAAGAAGUGCAAAGUGGACGUGGAUAGAUAGAUUUAUUUUUGGGAAGACAAUAGCUGAGUUGUUAUGCAGAUGGAGCGUUUUUUCUGUUUCUCUUCUCACUGAGGGAUUUCAUUUAUUCGUUAUUUCUUUGAGUUUAUUAGUGUGAAUUACAUUGUAAAAUAACCCAUUGCUGUUGCUGUGUGUUGAAUAUAAUAAAAGGUUAUUAUUGUUUUUGUAUA